CGUUGAGUGCAUGCCGCGUCGCGCUAUCGGCGGCUGCGAGCACGUGUUUUAUCUGUGUGUACGCGGUACGUUUUGAGGCGCGCGCUAUAGUUUCGGAGCGCAUUUCGUCGCCGGCUUGAAGUCGGUUAGUAUUCGGGUCACAAUCAUUGCAUACAGACAUGGAUUAUGUAUUGCGCAUAAACACCGGUAUCAUUAUCGGUGUGUGCACCUUCCUGCGCUACGUGAAGCUGUGUCUGUGUUUUUACAAGCGCGCCAGACGCGUCCCACCCGCUACUGAACAGUUGCUGACGCUCAGCGCCACCGCACUCGCAGAAAAGAUACGCAACAAAGAAAUUACAAGUUAUGCGCUUGUGUCUGCGUAUGUGAAUCGUAUAAAUUUGGUCAACCCGAUCAUCAAUGCAGUCGCCGAAGAUCGUUUCACCGAUGCACUCAAAGAAGCGCAAGAAGUCGACGCAAUGUUGGCGCAGGAGAACGUCGAUUUGGAGGCGCUCAAAAGGACGAAACCGCUACUUGGGAUACCGGUGACAAUCAAAGAGAAUUUGCAAGUCAAAGGUCUCAGCGCGACGAUGUGCUGCAAAUUGUAUAAGGAUGUAAAAGCGGACGAAGACGGCGAGGCGACGAGCCGGCUGCGACGUGCCGGCGCGAUAAUUUUAUUAGUCUCGACGACACCCGAAUUCUGUUUGACGAUCGAAACCUACAGCAAGCUGUACGGGGUGACGCGCAAUCCCUACAACAGUUUGCGCAGCGUUGGAGGUUCUUCAGGAGGCGAGGGUGCGCUUUUAGGUGCUGGUGCGUCCCUGAUUGGAUUGGGCUCUGAUCUAGCCGGUUCCAUACGUUACCCGAGUGCUUUUAAUGGCGUCUUUGGACACAAACCAACGCACGGUUUUAUUUCUACAAAAGGGCAUAUUCCUCCUUUGAAUGAUGCGUUGUUUGCUAAGUAUACUGUAGUGGGACCAAUGGCGCGUUAUGCUGAGGACAUUCCCCUUUUGAUGAAAGUCGUUUCGGACCGAGUGGACGAGCUGCGUUUGGACGAGCCUGUCGACCUAGCCAAGCUGAGAAUAUAUUACAUGACCGAUUGCGGAAUGAACUUUGGACUGAUGAAAGUGCAGCCUGAAAUUAAGCGAUCCGUCAGAGACUGCGCCGAAUUACUGCGAGAUAAUUGUAAAGCGACGAUUGUGGAAAGAAAAUUUCCCAAUUUAGGCUACGCCACUGAAAUAUGCACGGUGACAGCGGCUCAGAUUAAAUUCGACUCGCCAAUGAAAACCAAAGAUCGGGAGUACGGCGUGCUUUCGCAGUUAUUUUUAAAUUUGUUUGGCUGUUCGCAAUAUUCGGCGUACAUUAUGAUUCAUGAGAUUGUCGACGCAGCUUCGAAGAAAACAACAAGUCCAGAAAAGAUUGAAAAGUACACGACGAUACUCAACGAACUCAGAAAUGAGAUGAGCGCCGAAUUGAAGGAUACGGGCGUUUUUAUUUAUCCUGUUUUUGCUGCCACCGCAUUGAGGGAGUGCGAAUUUAUGUUUAUGUAUGCUGGCAUGGCAUAUUCCUUUAUUAUUAACAUUCUUGGUUUUCCAACUACGACAGUACCAGUGGGAUUCGAUAGUAGCGGCCUACCAAUUGCUGUUCAAGUUGUAGCUAAUUGUAGGCGAAACCUUGUCGGCACAAACAUGAAUUACAUAUUUCGCCUUGUCAAUCUCCUGGUGCUCCUUAUCGAUAAACUUUUGCGACCAGUGUUUUGGCUGAGACGAUGGCGAUCGCCUAAACAUGUGCCGCCAAUUGAUAAUCAAGUGUUAUUAUUGAGUGCGACUGAGUUAGCUAGUAGGAUUCGCAAAAGAAAAUUAACGUCGCUUUACGUCGUCGCAACUUACAUCGGGCGCAUCAAGCAAGUGAAUCCGUUAAUUAAUGCCGUCACUGACGAUCGAUACGAUGCAGCUCUGGUGGAUGCUAAAGCAGCCGAUGAUUUUAUCACUCACACCAAAAUGGCGGAGGAUGAAUUAGCAAGACACAAACCUUUUCUUGGAGUGCCCAUUAGUGUUAAGGAAAGCUGCGGCGUUAAAGGAUUGAGUCAUGCUGUUGGUACUUUGGCACGCAGAGGAAUCAAAAGCGAUGCAGAUGGCGCAAGUGUUGAACGCUUAAGAAAAGCUGGAUUUAUUCCAUUGGUGGUUUCCAAUUGUCCUGAAUAUUGUUCUGGAUUGGAAAGUAAUAAUCUUCUUACAGGUGCCACAAAUAAUCCGUAUAAUACACAUUAUUCCGUUGGUGGAUCUUCUGGUGGUGAGGCGGCUUUAAUAAGUUCAGGCGCGUCUGUUGUUGGAAUUGGAAGCGACUAUGCUGGGUCCAUUCGUCUACCAUGUUCAUUUACUGGAAUUUUUGGUCAUAAAACAACGCCAAAUAUUGUCCCUAGAACAAUGCAUUUUCCAGACUCAACUGAUCCAGUUUCUUAUGAUUAUUUUGCAAUUGGUCCGAUGUGUCGCUACGGAGACCUGAAACCUAUAUUGGAAAUCAUUUGUGAUGAAGAAGGAAAGUGCCUUGACUUGAAUAAACCAGUUGAUCUUUCACAAAUCAAAGUACUUUUCACGGAGGAUUAUUAUAAUAUGUUUGGCAUAACAUCAGUAUCUUUAGAUAUCAUGAGAAGUAUUUACAAAACUGUAAAAAUAUUACGUAAAGAUUUUCGUAUGAAAUCAGAAUUAGUGAGAUUUCAAUGUAUGGAAUUGUCACCUGAAAUUGGCACAACUUUGUUUCUUGAAAUGAAGGAUCGACCAAACUUUAUGAAAGAUCCCAACAAUCCAAAGAAAGAUUUAAAUUUGUAUAUUGAAAUUGUAAAGAGUAUCAUGGGCACUAGUAAUUUAUCUAUUUACUUGUUACUUGCUGAAUUUAUAAUUCGAUACAAUGCAUUUAUUCCAAAAUCGCAAUUGCCGUAUUACAAGAUGAAAAUGAAGACAUUGCAGAAAGAUGUUUGGAAUAAAUUAGGUGAUAAUGCAGUGUUACUGUAUCCAGCAUUUCCGUCGACAGCUUUCCAGCACUAUCAAGUGUUAACAAAGUCAUCUGGAAUCACUUAUUCAAUGAUUUUCAACAUUUUAGGAUGUCCAAGCACUUUAGUGCCUGUUGGUUUUGAUAAAAAGGGGUUACCAAUUGGAAUUCAAGUAAUUGCAGGCCCUAAACAAGAUCGAUUGUGUCUAGCAGUGGCUGAGGCUUUAGAAAAAAGUAUUGGGGGAUGGACACCAUCGUUAUAAAAUAUCUUAAAAGUUAAUAAAUAUAUUUUGGCGCCCAAAACUUUAUUUUCAUGAAAAUGUAAUGAAUAUGUAGUGUUUUUGUUAUUGUUGGACUGUGAAUGGACUGUGAUCUAUUACAGUUGAUAAACUAAUUUUUUACAAUGCGCUUAAAUAAAGCCCAUGAUAUCAA